GAGAGACGACUGGAAUUCAGCUCUGGGGAAAAGUUUUCAAAGUCAUGACGAGAAAACACGGGCCCGUAGCAGUCGUUCUGAUGGACACGGAAGGCUCAUUCGACAGCACGUCUACGCUGGAAGGAAAUGUUACAAUUUUCUCAAUGAGCAUGCUAUUAAGCUCUGUCCAAGUGUACAACCUCUCCAAGCAAAUAACCCAGUCCGAUUUAGAGCACUUGAAGCUAUUUGCGGAGUACGCUAGCAUGGCAAGAAAUAAGGAGGGUCAGGGGAAUGAAGUCUUCCAGAAGCUCCUGUUUCUCAUUCGUGAUUGGCAAUAUCCUGGAGAGAAACCUUUUGGACUGGAAGGAGGACAAGCGCUGCUUCGCCCUUGGCUUGAAAGGAACCCCGCGCUGCCUCGUGAAGUCUACGAGCUGCGUGAAAACAUCAGAUCCAACUUCGCCGAAGUGAGAUGUUUCCUCAUGCCUAGACCUGGUGACGCGGUAGAGAACACUAGCUUCGACGGAAAGCUUCGAGAUCUAUCGAGAGAUUUUAAAUAUCACAUAGAAAAGCUCGUGUCCUAUCUUCUUUCACCCGACACGCUUGUCCCAAAAAAGAUCAAUGGAAGGAUUAUUACGUGCAAGGAGCUCGUGUGCAUGUUUCAGGCUUAUUUCAGCGUCUUCAACCAAAAGGAGCUCCCUCAACCCAUGUCUGUUUUCAACGCAACUGCAUUCGUCCACAAUAAGCGAAUCAUCGACGAAAUCGUGAAAAAAUAUGAAGCCGGGAUGGAACCGGUCGUCAGGACGAGUGCUGAUUUCGAAUCUGACACUGAGAUUGAAAUGGAACAUGAUAAUCUGAUGAAAGACUGCUUGGCACAGUUCGAGACCGAACAGAAGAUGGGAAAGCACGACACAGAACUUCGUGAACUGCUAAUUAAGGAUAUCAAUGCCCGGUUCGACAUGUGCAAACGCACUCGUGCAAUAUUGAGGGACUACAACGAGGACAUGAAGAAUCGUGCUGCGAAAGAACGACAGGAGAUUCAGCUUGCUUAUGAAGAAAAAAUCAGACAGAUUAUGGAAGAGGGGAGCACUAGACACAUGGAAGAGCUCGCUGCUAUGGCUGGAGCACACCAACUAGAUAUAGAAAAGGUGAAACAGGCGAUGGAAGGUCAAUCAAUAGGAAAUAAGAUCUUGGAAUUUCUGAUUGGGGCAGCAAAAGCUCUCCCCAGUGUGAUGCACACCUGGCGCACCUAUUUGUUAUAUAAAAAGGAUUGAGAUCUAAGCAAGAAUCAGGUCCUCCUUGUGAAAACCUGUGGCGUCCAUUGACAACUAGGGGCACCUGAAAUAGAAGAAAUACACAUGAGAGCAAUACACAGGCAGUAGUGGGAUAUUGGCGUUGAAUACAUAUUGGUUAGCAUGGAUGUUAA